CAUGAAAUUGACUCGUAAAGCGGUUCUGUCUCGAGCGAAAGCUACGAGCCUUGCAGGGGUCCGCAAGCUCAAUUGCUGGGGAACCCGUAUCUCAGAUAUCUCAAUCUGCCAUCAGCUUCCUAAUGUUGAAGUGGUCACGUUCAGUGCAAAUAAUAUCUACAGUCUGGAACCUUUUAACCAGUGUGAGAAGCUAACUGAGCUUUACCUCAGGAGAAACUGUAUUUCAAACCUGCAUGAGCUGUUCCACUUGAAAAAACUGCCCCGCCUGAGAAUCCUCUGGAUGUCUGAGAAUCCCUGCUGUGGCUCUGACCACCAUCGCUACAGAAUGACAGUUCUGCGUAAUCUUCCUAGUCUCCAGAAGCUUGACAAUAAGAUGGUGACAGAGGAAGAACUGUCACAUGCACUAGUACAAGGAGAAGAGAUAACAGCACCCCCAGUUAAAACAGAUGUAGACAGCUGCUGCCAAUACUCUAACACUGAGUCCAGCACGACAGAGUGUACGACAGAAAAUGAACUCAUGAACAUCAGCACUGAACUUGAAGAGACAAAUAAAAUCCGUAAGCAGCUUGGUAUGAAGCCUGUUGUUCCGAAAGAUACAUUUUCACCCAAAGAAGUAGAUGGUACCCGCCCAAGAUGG